UACCAUAGUGCUGUCCAAGCACCAGGCACUCUAGAACUACAACAAGCUCACGACUCCUUGUUUGGCCGCAAAGGCAGAGCCUUUUCACUUCUCCAAAACAUGACUCUCAAGAACAAGAUCAUCGUCACAAGCCUUGGAAUCGUCAUUCUCUUGCUGGUCAUCAAGCUCCCCUUGGAAGUUCCUCAGCAAUUUCAGCUCAAUUCCGUCAAUUCCACGUUAGAGGAGCUCCACAAUUGCAACUUCUCGGCUCAAGCCCAAGGCAAAUGCCCGGAUUACUUCAAGUGGAUCGAGCGCGACCUCUCUCCCUGGAAGAACACAGGGAUCUCACAGGGGGAUUUGCAAGAAGCCAAGUCCAAGGCGGACUUUCGUGUGGUGAUCGUCGAUGGCAAGCUAUACAUGGAGCGAUAUAGGUAUUGCUACCAGACCCGGGCACAGUACACGCUGUGGGGGAUUCGUAUGCUUCUCGAGGAAUUCCCGGGACAAGUUCCAGACUUGGAGCUCAUGUUUAUGUGUGGAGAUCGCCCACAAGUUUUGCGGAAGAACUACUCAAGCAAUUCGGUCUGGCCACCGCCUCCUCUUUUCUCUUACUGCACUACGCGGGACGAGCACUACGAUAUUGUUUUUCCAGAUUGGUCUUUCUGGGGCUGGCCAGAGGUGAAUAUUGCUCCCUGGACUGUGGAGAGGGAGAAGAUCUUUUCUGGAGCUGAAAAGAUUAAGUGGCUCCAAAGGGAGCCAAUUGCGCAGUGGAAAGGAAAUACUUGGAUGGGAAAAAUUCGGCCAAUGCUGGUGCAAUGCAAUUCUUCCACAAGCAUUCUUGUGUAUCAUCAGAACUGGGAUGACGAAAUUAAAAAUAAUUUCAGCUCUUCUGAUCUAUCCAAGCAAUGCUCAUAUAGGUACAAAGUUUAUGUUGAAGGAAUUGGCUGGUCCGUGAGUCUGAAGUAUGUGAUGUCUUGUGGAUCAACAAUGCUUCAAAUCAAUCCUCAGUAUUUAGAAUUUUAUUCUAGAUCACUGAUCCCAUACCUCCACUUCAUCCCAGUAAGGAAAACCAAAAUAUGUCAAUCAAUUCAGGAAGCGGUAGAAUGGGGAAACACUUUUCCACACAAAGCUUUAUCACUGGGAAGAUGUGCACAGAAUUUCUUGCAAGAACAACUGACAAUGGACUAUGUUUAUGAGUAUAUGCUACUUCUACUCCAACGCUAUGCAAAAUUGCUGAAGUUCAAGCCAGUUCCACUACAAGGGGUGCAAGCAAUGAGCUUAGAUUCUAAUCUGCCGUGGCAUAGCCCUUCUAAGCAACGGCUACCUUUAAUUCCUUGUAGUGUGUGUUAAACAGUUGAAUAGGUUUUUCUAUAUAUAAAAUAUAGAUAAACCUUUUACUAAUUUUUUUCUAUGUUAAUUUAUUUUAAUAUAAUUUAAAUUUUGAAGUC